AGGUGUCUAUUGUUGGUUUGGAAAAGGCUCUUCAUCAUUACACACUGGAACCAUCAGAGGCUCCGUUUGAUAUCAAGACGGUUCCCCUGUCGACUCAGAUUAUUACUGAAGAAAAGAAACCAGAUAUAAUGCCUGUUGGUAAGCCAAAAGAAAAAGUUGCUGCUUCGAGACAAGACAUUUUUGCAGAGCAACUUGGAUCAGUGGCAGAGCUGGCUUCUAUGAACCUUGGUCCUCUCUUUAAAUCAUCACAACCAGUGGAACUGACAGAAUCAGAAACGGAAUACGUUGUUCAGUGUAUCAAACACACCUUUCCUAACCACAUGGUUCUUCAGUUUGACUGUACUAACACCCUGAAUGACCAAAUUCUUGAAAACGUCCAAGUUGAUGUAGAACCUUCAGAAGGAUUUGAAUUAUUGUGUCAGAUCUCUUGCUCCAAACUAGCAUACAACGUGACAGGUACAACAUAUGCCUGCUUCAGGUUACCAGAUGAUCCCCUAGCAGCAACUGGAACUUUUAGCAAUACCUUGAAAUACCUCGUGAAAGACUGUGACCCCAACAGUGGAGAGACAGAUGAAGAAGAAGGGUAUGAAGAUGAAUAUGUGCUUGAAGACCUAGAAGUGUCGGUUGCAGACCAUGUGCAGAAGGUCUUACAACCUAACUUUGCAGCUGCAUGGGACGAACUUGGUCCCGACAACGAACUGGAAGACACCUUUGCUUUAUCGUCUAUGACAACUCUAGAAGAAGCUAUAAAAAGCAUCAUCCAGUUUAUGGGAAUGCAGCCUUGUGAACGAUCAGACAAAGUGCCAGAAGGAAAGAGUGCUCACACACUUUUCCUUGCAGGAGUUUAUCGAGGAGGCCACGACGUCCUAGUUCGAGCUAAGUUGGCUCUUGGGGCUAGCUCUGAAGGUGUUACCAUGAACCUGGCUGUGCGUAGCAUGGACCCCAAUGUUAGUGAGGUGAUAGCUUCAGCGGUUGGUUAGUUUGUUCUUGCAUUUUCAAAACUCUGUAUCAUGUAUGGGCCUGUGGUCUCAUUGCCAUCACCACUGGAUUGAAAUUUCAAUAAAGCUCCCAUGUGGCAUAUAGCAAACAAUGUGAAAUUUAUCUUCAAUUUCAGGUGAAUCUAUUUACUUUCUUUCUGUUAUAUACCAGAGAAAUAUGCUUAUAUUUGUUUUCUGUAAUCGUUAAUCUAUCAUUUAUCACAGAGAAAAGCACCAGUUAAAUUAUUGGUAAUUAUCUUUACUUCUUAAACAAAUCACCAUGUUGAUGUUUUACACUUAUUGUUCUAAAGUAUAUAUCACUUACGGGGAAAACAAUUACCAGCUUUAAAUGAGAAAAAAUAGUAUCUGAGUAGUGGUUAAGUUGUUGUACUUUAACUGGAACCAAAAGUUGCCUUGUUAAACAGUCAAAGUGCCAGCAAGAAUGACAGACGUACAUACAGGUAUUCCUUGUGGAGAUUGUAAAGUUAAAAUAAUAGUUAUGUAUAAAGUUGUUUCAUAAGAGUUGAUGCUUAAGUUUAUGAAUCAACAGUUCUGGUUAAAAGUUUAGUGAUUUGAUCUUGAACAUGCUUAUUUGUUAACUUUAUCAUACUAUUUUUGUAGAUCUUUGUAGUACGAACCAGAAAUAUUCAGCUGUAAAUUGAAAGUUACUCCUAAACAUAAAAGUUACAAUGUUGAAAUUUUAUGUAAAUUGUGAAAACUGAAUAAAAAUUAACUUAAAAAAACUUUUAAAUUCUUUGACUGCAGCAUACUAAAGACGAUUCUUGUUUAUUUGGUUUUGUAAUUUUUUUAUACCACCAAAUCCACAUGUAAACUUGAAAGUUUUUAAUUAAAAGAAUAGAAAUUUGUUUAUGUUUAACUCCAUUGUUGUGAAAUAGCGAAUAGUUUGAUUUCCAAGUAUAAUUCAAAAGACAAAGUGCAUCCUAAUUGUUUCUUCACAAGCUUUUUUUUUAUCAGUUUAUAGUUUAAUGUAUCCUAAAAUUGAUUGGUAUUUAAAGACAAGAUCAGAUCUGUAGAUGACAGAUACUUUGUCUUUAAUGUCUGUUAAUAGAUUCAGUCUGUAUCCUAAACAUUUCUUUCUCGUCGAAGUCCGUCAACAAACUUGAUAAAAAGGAGAUAUUGGGUAUUAUGAUAUUUAAAGUUUCAAAGUAACAAUGUACUUUUGUUUUUUGACAAAUCUUAAACUCCUGCAUUGUUAAACAAUAUCUUGAAUUAUUUUGUGAACGAUGUCUGUAAACAGACUUGUUUUCAAGUUCACCUUUUUUAGGGGGAUCGUUGGACUAAUCUUUUACCAUGCUUAAUGCUACAUAGCAGUAAUUACUAACAAAAAUGUUUUAUUAGCAUAGUUUUCCGUCAUUCACUAACGUAAUUUUACAUGGUUGAGUUCUUUGAUAACCAUUAUGGGAACCUUUCUAGACCAGGUUUUUUGUUUUAGUGGUAACUUGGAUGGUUUCAGAGCUCUUCAGAUUGAUCAAAAAGUAGUUGAUAUUGUUAAAGAUAACUUAAAGACGUGUGUGCUACUCGUCUCUUUUUUUUGUUCAUCUCCAGUGAAUGAGAAGUCAUUUUAGGUUUGAAAUGAACAGCUACAUAAAUUAGUAAGUACAGAAUAUAACAAAAAUUACAAAUGAGUGAAAAUAGAAAUUGCACAAUGAAAACGUAUUUACAGUCUAAUCGUUUAGAUGCAUUUCUGAUGUUUGGUUAUGAAGUUUUAAAGAUUUCACGUGAAUGUGAGAAACCGAACUGUUUCGGGAGUAACAAUUAUGUACGCCAUUGUCAUUUGGUGAACAGAAAUUUGUCCGUGAAUAACUUAAAGAUAAUUUUAUUUUGUUAAUUUCAUGAACACUUUCAAUUCUGUUUGGGUUUUGAUAACAGUUGUCUCAGUAAGAGUUGAAGUGUUUUUAUAAAUCUUAAUCCAAACUGUUAGUAUCACAGACUAGUCUACUACAGAGCAUUACUGCUGAAAUUAUUGAGUAAUUUGAAUGGCAUGUUUUAUUUAAAUUAUUGGUAUAUUUCUUUACAAUGGUAUCUAUGUAUUAUAACCUUCCAUCUUGUUCUAAGCCAUUCCAGUACAAUGGGAGCUUUUAUAAGUAGUUUUGAAUUACAUGAUGAUACAUAAAAUAUGUUAAUUUUAUGUAUUUGGACUGUCAUGCACUGUUAGCUGAGUGAAUAAAAUGAAUGUUUUCAUAGUGUA